UCCCUCCCGGCGAGCCUCCAGCCCCCUAACAAAACUUUGUGACGCUUCUAUUGCUCUCACCGCUGUUACAUUGCCAUUAUUUACAUCAUUACUAUUACUAUUACCAUUUUACUUUCCCUUUCGGGCCUCGGCCGCCCCCUUGGCCGCCGGGAGCGCUUCCCGGGCCGGUGUCGCUUCCUUCCCGUGCCGGGGUCACGUCACAGCCGGCGCUGCCGGGCUCGUUCCGCCGCCGCUCCCAAAGGCCUCCUCUGACCAUCUGGUGGGGUAAAAGCUGCGUGGGGAACUCCACAGCUGCAGGAUUUGCUGUCCCCACUCACGUGGGCUCCUUGGUCUGUGCUUGUGGCACCUGUUUUCCUGUUCAGCAUUUCCUUGGAUGAUGGUGCUCUGUUUUCUGAGCAGAGCCCUGCCACGAGUGAGGCAAUCACCCAGCCCCCUGGGGAGACAACUCUGCUCAGCCAGCAGGAAUAAGCCAGUGUUGACUUUAUUCACCAAGAAACCAUGCCCUCUGUGUGAUGAAGCAAAAGAAGUUCUUGAGCCAUACAAGAAAAGGUUCAUUCUGCAGGAGGUAGAUAUUACCCUUCCCGAGAACUCAGCGUGGUAUGAUAAAUACAAAUAUGACAUACCUGUUUUUCACUUCAAUGGGAAGUUCCUAAUGAAGCAUCGGGUCGACAUUCAAAAGUUUGAGGACCGACUUAGGAAGCUGGAGUUGCAAAGCGAGGGAAGCCAGUGAAGAAAAUGCUGCUGCUCUGAAGCAGAUCUCAAAGGGGAAAAGGUCUGUGAGAAAAAAAAAAAAACAAAAACAUCUUCAUUACCUGGCCUUAAAUGUCUUAGGACAUAAGAGCAGGAAAGACUUGAGUGACUUGUGUUCUAUUUUGUAUCAAUCACCCAGCCCAGCUGCACCACCUAUUCUGUGCCAUUUCAUUUGCUGCUCUGUUUUGGGCUGUUUUUUCACUGACAGAAUAAAAGCUGCUCUGUAACAGCAGAUGAAGUAAACUCUGUUUGUUUGGGGCUGGCAUGGCCACCUUUGGGUAUCGGGGGGUGGCAGAGGGGUGGUUUCUCCCAGAAGCUGCUGGAAGCUUCCCCUGUGUCCAGCUGAGCCAACACCAGCCAGCUCCAGGAUGGACCCCCUGAUCAGGGAGAAAGAGACAAUCUUUAAUAAAAUGACCACAAACCUCAUUCUCCAUCUCCAAACGGGAGGAGAAGAUUGAGUGAA